CAGUUGGAUGACUGGUGUGGCAGGGAGGACAGAGAGAGGAGAGCAAAAGAGAAAAUAGAAACUGUAAGAGCAACUAAGCUAGAUUAAGGGAGGAUAUAUUUAUGUUAAAUAGACAGGUCAAGGAAAGAGAAAGUGAAAAUUGUGGACAAGGUGAGUUGUGUGGACAAAGGAUGUACAGAGACAGUUUGACCGAGUGAAAUGGAAUCGAAGAGACAGAGACAAACUUGGGAUUAUCAGUAACGGAUCAUUAGAAGUGGAGUUUCUCCAACAUGGACUAAACUGGGAGUCUGAACACGUACAUACACACGCAUAGGCCCACACAGGCACGCACGCACGCACGCACACACACACACACACACACACACAAACACACACACACACACACAUUCACAUUUGAUUUCCUGUUGUGAGCCAUCUUGGCAGUGGACAGGUGACAGUAUGCAGGAGUCUCCAGGUGCCAUGGGUGUAGAUGGCAGCUACGCCAGCAAUGUUCCAGCCUUUCUCACUAAGCUGUGGACCCUGGUGGAGGAUCCAGAUACCAACCACCUCAUUUGCUGGAGCGCUUCUGGGACAAGUUUCCAUGUGUUUGACCAGGGACGCUUUGCCAAGGAAGUUCUGCCAAAGUACUUUAAACACAAUAAUAUGGCGAGCUUUGUUCGACAGCUCAACAUGUAUGGUUUCCGUAAGGUGGUGAACAUUGAGCAGAGCGGUCUGGUGAAGCCUGAGAGAGACGAUACAGAGUUCCAACAUCUGUACUUCCUCCAGGGACAUGAACACAUGCUGGAACACAUUAAGAGGAAGGUAUCCAUAGUGAAGAGUGAGGAGACCAAAGUUCGCCAGGAGGAUCUCAGUAAACUGCUGUAUGAGGUCCAACUUCUCAGAACACAACAGGACAACAUGGAGUGUCAAAUGCAGGACAUGAAACAGCAGAAUGAAGUGCUGUGGAGAGAGGUGGUCUCACUGAGACAGAAUCACACACAGCAACAGAAAGUCAUGAACAAACUGAUUCAGUUUCUGUUCAGCCAGAUGCAGUCCAACCCACCCAGCACUGUGGGCCUAAAGAGAAAGCUUCCCUUAAUGUUGGACGAUGGCUCUCCCAGCCCUCCUGCCUCCAAGUUCAGCCAUAGUCAUCCAAUGGAGCCCCUGCAUGAACCCUUCUACAUCCAGUCGCCUUCCAGUGACACCGCUUCUUGCUCUACUAGUGGGCUCACAGGAGGACCAAUUAUAUCAGAUGUUACUGACAUGUCUCAGGCCAGUAUGGCCCUCCAGAUGCAGCCUGAUGAGACUAGGGAGAAGUGCAUGAUGCUAAUCAAAGAAGAGCCAGUAAGUCCAGGAGUGAGAGGAGGAGGGAAAGGAGGCAGCUUAGGGGGAGGAGAGGCUGUAGCAUUGACCUCCUCCUGUGAAGUGUGCUCUUCAGAACCGCCUGUUCUCCCCGUCGCUAUGGUCCAGUCUGUUCUGGAGGGGAGGGGCUCUGUGGCUUCUAUGAUGGAGAAGAGGAGCAAGAGACCUGCCCUAGACAGAGUUGAAGUUCCAGAUGCAGUGGAGAAUGUGGACAUGAGCCUGGAGGAGCUGCAGCAGCUGUUGCUCAGGAGCCAUCAGCAGAGUACUGUGGAAGCUGGGACCAGCGCGGUUAUGGAUCCCUUUAGUUUAAGCCUGCCUCUGACUGAGUGGAACUUUACUGAGAUGGAGUCCAACCUCAAAUCAUACAUGUUCCAGAACCAGGAAGCGGAGGCUUUUCCAGCUCCUGGCUGUGAGGAACAGUGAUCGAUCUCGAUGGUCUUUUCUGAAGGGUCAGGCCACAGAAGCUACUGUCCUCCUCAUUAUCAUCUGCAUGGGUUUGAGCCCACGGCCCUGCCAGGCUGUUUCUUACACGUGGCUUUACUUUCUUUCUUUUCCAUUCACAUACCUACAAAAUGCAGCAUGUAUUUUUAUACUUCCUGUCCAGCUGACUGCCAUUGGGCCUUUCAGCCACUGGCUCUGUUGGCAUCACUGCUGUCAGCAUGAGGAAAGACACUGCUCCAAGUUUUAAAUAGUGACCCAAACAAACCAGUGUGUUUUCACAUAUUAAAAUCGAAUAUAAAAUAUAAAAGCCAGCUGGAUGCAGACGGUGCAUUCUUGGCUCCAGCACUUUAGUCUUUGUUUGAGAGGGAGUUUCUGCUUGUGGAAGUGACGUUUUCCUCCUCUACUGUAUGAAGAAUCGAUUACAGCUGUACAAAUGAAUAUUUUUAUUAUUUUAUCCUUAUUACAAAAAAUACUGUAUUUGUAAGUGAAACCUAUCUUGGGGGGCAAUGUAACAUACUGUAUAUUACAAGUUAUGUGCUUUUUUUUCAGUCUGUGUAAGAGGUUUGAAAAUGUAAGUGCUCCUUAUAUAUUUUAUGCAUUUCAAAUCCCGAUAAAUGUGUUAAGAUAGAUCAGAGGUGAGUUAGCCUUCCGUGAUAUGAAAGGUUCUUCUAGUACAAAAAAUAUGGAUUCCAGCCAGUCUAAAAUCUGUUAAAGGUUUUUAAAACAUAUCACGAAAGGAGGUUUUACACACUGAAGAACCCAUCUAAUGUAUCUUUGCACAGGCCUGACAUGUAGCUAGAGACAUAGAGUUACUUCUCUUCUGUCCAUUUAAAUGUGAAGUUUAAAGGAAAUAUUAAAAGAUCGACUUCUCAUUUGACAAAACCAUGAACACCACUGCAUUUUUGCACAAUCUGUAUCACUAUAGUUAUGACAACAGGUCAUAUAUUUUCUGUUUGUAGAUGACCAACACUUUGUUGCUCUACACAUGCAUGUCUAAAAGAGAUACUGGCCUCAAUAACAGGGUUUUCCAAAACUCAAAAGCAAAAUUAAGACUUGGAAACAUAAAGUCUCUGAAUGCUACUCCUGUUUGGAUUUGGAAACAAAGGCCACACGUUGAGUUAAGACUUGAGUGUGCAUGGAACAUAGAAAACCCUGAUAGAAAGUCAAGACAGUGGGAUGCUACUUUUGAUACUCUGUAAAGCAGAACGAGAAAUAAAAAAAGAAUACUCAACUGUCCAGGAGCCAGUCCGUUAAAAGAUUACAUAUGGUUGACUGGUUUAAUUAAAUGUAUGGUGAGGUGGUUACUUGAGAAUUAAAUCUGUUAUAGAACCAUGAAGAAAUGCAUAUGAAUUAUUCUGGAUUGCUAAAGAUGAUCAAUAAUCAUUUGAUGUAAAAUAUUAGUCCUCAGCACUGGUUGCAGGCAACAGUUUAAAGGUUAACUUGAUGCUAAAAAUUCUUUUGGAAAAACUUCCUGGAGAUGAGUUGAAUUGUGCAAUACUGUACAGAACUGUGAGAACUCACACAAUUGCAAUACAUGGAUGACCAUAGGAAUGUAGGAAACAGCAACUGUGAGUAUUAAUGGGUAAUGUUAGCCUGUGAGUCUUAAAGCCCUGCUAGCGUUUAACACUGAGUUGGACAACAUUUUUAACCUGUAUUUUUAGUUUUGGGAAGGAGAUCGUCAGCUACAACUUAGCCUCGGGCAGUGCUACGAUGGCUCCGUAGCUACACGUCGCAGCUACACGUCGUAGCUACACGUUGCAGCUACACGUCGCAGCUACACGUCGCAGCUACACGUCGUAGCUACAUGCAGGACUAUAAAUCCAGGUUUGAAUAAGAUUUGAACUAACUGAAUGAGCAGCCGACCAGCAUCUUUAACGUCAGAGCUAUACGCUGCUGCUAGCAAGGCUAAAAAUCGGGGUAGCAAUUUGCAUUAGCUUUUUGAAAAGAGCAUUGCAUUUUCUCGAUAAUGUUUUCAAUCUGUUGUGUACUACUACUACUACUACUACUUAUCACUAUGAGUCAAAUUACUAUACUUUUAUAAUUAUAAAUACAAAAACUGCUUACAUCCUAACUUUGGACACAUGUUUGAUGGAGUUUGAUUUUGAAAAAGUUAGAAAAGAAUUUCCCAACAGACGCGAUAUUGAGGGUUUCAAAAUGCGCUGAGAAAAACUAACUCAGAGCCAUUUUCAUAUUGUGUAUCUUUAUCGAGACCUAUUGGAUUUGCCAAAUGAAAAAGCUAAUGCCAACUGCCUCCAGCAAGUUAUAAUUUUUGUGGCAGACCCUCCUUCUCUGUGCAUAGAAAAAAAAAACUGUGGUGUAUUACAAGUGAACUUGCACUAAAUAUCACAGUUGUAAGAUAUUUGAGAGUAUACAGUACAUUUUACACACAGCAUUUAUUCUUGUUCCUCAUGAUAAUAUGAGUGUUAAUGAUUUUUUCCAGGAGUGAUGAAUACAUACAUUCAGUUGCUGUUGUGUUCUUAAUUUAUUCUGUUUCCAUUUUAAUAAUUUGCACUGGAAAUGAAUGGAUGUGUGUUCAAAUUACAUUUAUUAUGCUUGUCAGGACUGCAUAUAGAUAAGGAAGUGUUUGUGUUAAAUGAGUGAAAAGCUCUGCUGUAUCAAAGUGUGGCAUCCGAAAAGUACCUGCACUAUCAACAAACAACCAUACAUUAGUGUAUUAAUACAUAUGACACAUUAUCAAAACAUAGACUACAAAACCCUUUCUUAUUACAACAAAGUACAGUUGCUCAAAAUAACGACACUAAAUCAUAGUUGCUUUUGAAAGUGGGCCACAGCCUACUAAAAAUGUGAAUUGUUUUAAAUGGUUUUUGCAAAGACUAAAGUGUAUUGUUACAGAGAGUCAAAGAAACUGAACAUGUAUUCCACCUGUUUAUGAAAUAUUUAAGUUGUUAAUAAAAAUAAAAGCAAAAAAAUACUAAAA